AAGUAGGCUACUGGCUGGUGGUCGCCUGAGCAGCUGUGUGUUCGCGUGAGGCGUUGAAGCGAUGUGAUUGGUAAACUUGAUUUCCUGGUACACACAUGAUCUGAAACACUGUUGAACAUCCGCCUCUACAUUUCUGCAAGACGAGACUAGGCGGCAUUAUGGCUGAUAAAGAUAAAGAAGUGCCAGUGGUUGAGGAUGAAGAUGAGCCAGAUCUGAACUACCAGGCUCCGGCUCAGAAGAGCCUGCAGGAGAUCCAGGAGCUGGACAAGGAUGAUGAAAGCCUGAACAAGUACAAGCAAACCCUCCUGGGUUCUGGCCCUGUGGUGGCAGAUCCCAGCAUUCCUAAUGUUCAAGUGACCCGACUGACUCUGAUGUGUGACCAGGCCCCCGGACCCAUCACCAUGGACCUGACAGGUGACCUCGAUGCUUUGAAGAAGAAGAACUUCACCAUGAAGGAGGGAGUGGACUACAGGGUGAAAAUCCACUUCAAGGUCAACAGGGACAUCGUGUCUGGACUGAAAUAUGUGCAUCUGACCUACAGGAAAGGACUCAGAGUGGACAAGUCGGUGUACAUGGUAGGCAGCUACGGUCCGAGAGCCGAGGAGCAUGAGUUUCUCACCCCGGUGGAGGAGGCUCCGAAGGGCAUGAUCGUUCGGGGAACCUACCACAUCAAAUCCUACUUCACAGACGACGACAAGACAGACCAUCUGUCGUGGGAGUGGAACCUGCAGAUCAAAAAAGACUGGGACAGUGCAGAGUAAAGAGGUUCUUCCUCGGUCUCUCUCUCCCAGGUGCAUAGCAACAUACCCAAUUUAUCACAGAUGUUUAAAACCGAGACAUAGGCUAGGUAGAUGUGCAGCUGGAGCUGGCUUUGCAAAUGAUUAAAUAACAAUUAGUCGUAUAAAAAAAAAAAAAAACAUGACAAAUUCUGAAGAUAUGCCUACGUGUAUGAUGUAAUCAACGGGUGAGGACAUACAGUGACUGGCAGGGUAUUAGAGGCGACUUAGUACUUUGUAAUAGAUGUAACGACGGUGUAACCAACAAACGAAAUCCCUCAUGCCUGUACGCUCAGGUUUUAGUGUAUACUGUAAAUGUAAAUAUUACAACGUCUGUAUUCUUGCAUUGCAUUUAGAGUUCUUUAUUGAGCCCAUGACCAGAUCAGUGCAUGCUUGAAUGUGAAGCCAUCGUGUCUGCAAUGGCUACUUUCUUGUAUUGUUGAUGAUGUAAUCAGCCUGCUGUUACCUGAUAAAUACAUGUGUAGGAUGUGGUUUGUACUAAGUGUUGCUUGUCAAAAAAAAAAAGAGAGAAAAAAAGAAGGUAUUUCUGAGCAUUAAACCCCUGUAGAAAAGAUCAACUUUUAACCAGUAUGAAGUUGUCUGGCUGUUCACCUGCAAACAGUUCUGGUUGAAUUUUCUUGCUGGUUAACAUCAGCUUCUAAAAUGCAACGUUUGCUGGUGAUAUUGCUGGUCUUUUCAGCUGGAAACCAUCAGUGGAGCCCAUAGUCAUGCACCCUCCUCAUUCCCUGAAACGCUGUUCAUCUCUGUUCAGGUGUCUGUAACUGUCUUCCAUCUAGCUUUCAUAUUAGAUUGUCUCUGAUUCAUUUUAAUUUGUUCGACAUUCCAAAAUAAAUACAUUUAUUGUUUCUAUGCCUGCUGAUACUUUUACCUGACACUUCCAUCUCCAUCGCUGAUUUUAUUAUCUGACACAAGAAUAUCUUGAUUUCUCUUGAAUAAUUCCCUACUACCCUAUCAUAUUUGAAAAUAUUAGAUAAUAUUGCAGAAUAUUCAAAAUACUCUGUGGAAAUGAUUGGGUUUCACUCUUUCUACAGAAUAAAAUAAUAAUAAUAAUAAUAAAGUUAAUAAAUGCCAGGGGAAAUGUCUUAACUGGCAUGUGCAUUAUGUAAUGCCUUUAUGAGAGACAAAUGCUGAAUGCUAAGUGCUAGUCAGCAAUUGGAAGACAAAUAUGAGAAAGCACGCAAAAUGUUAACUGAAAGCUCUUUUUGUGAAUUGUCAUUUUUGAUAACGCUGUGAUUCCAUAUUCAAAAUAUAAGAUGGAUGUGAUCAAAUUAAAUCCUUACAAUAUGUCAAAAUAUAUCACAUGAUGUAUAUUUUCUCAAAUUCAUAAUUGGAUGUCAUCAUUAGUCUGCUUGUGGUCUGUAUUGCAUGAUGCUGCUUUUGAAAACAUGUUAAUUAGGGGGUUCUUUGUGAUGUAAUGGGGCAGCAGUAAGCAGUAAAGGGAGAUUUAAUCAGGGCAUUUUUCAGCUGACUGACUAAAACAAAAAUCUGUCAAAAUUGUUAAACCUUUCAUCUUGUAUUUUUAAUAAAGUUUGGCCUAUCCUUA